GUUUCCUAGAGGUGCGCUAGAUUGGUCAUAUUGCAGUCGACUUCUGCAGAUGAGUUAUUGCACACUUUGAUAAAGCUUUGCGAGAUUACAGCGUUGACACUCAAGUGUCAUCAAUAAAAGAGCCUACCGGAAUUAAAAUCCUGCCAUCACCGAGCACACUGGUUAUCCUCAGCCAUAUAUUAUUCAUGCAACACGGUGAUGAUUGAAUAUGAGACGUCUCAAUGAAGAUGGUCUGCGCUCAAGUUCAGUGAUGACUUAUCUUUGCUGGCCACAGCCGUUUGGUGCCGUUGCAGGGUGUCAUGUGUAACGCCUGCAGAGAGAAAGGAGACACGGGCUGUUGGACUUUAUUUAAAUUGCUGGGUUAUGCAUGUAGCCGUGUGUGUUCAUAAAUGCGAUAUUAAGCGUCACGAAAACAAUCAAUACCUCCUGCGACCUUGCAGGCUAAGUCAUCGCAUUAAUCGCUCAUGUCUUUAGCCACAUGCCUGGAGCUGGUUGCUUUCUCUGGGUAAUCCAGCUUCACCCCGGUCUAAUGAACGGACAAUUUCCCAAACAUUAUUACAGGGAACUUCUCUUCAGAGUCCCUGCAGGACUGAUGCAUUCCAGAAGACACGGCUACUUAUUGCAGAUAUUUUUGUUUCACAGAAACACGCUUUGCUUCAGGUUUGGAUUUCAAAACACCAGGACAUGUAUUGUAAUCUUGUAAAGCGCCUCACAAUGCCUCGACUAGCCUACAUACUAUGUAAUCUAGUUAGCAUUCAGUGCAGCACUGUCCCUUUCAAGAGGCCCAUAAAUCCCCUGCACAGAGGACAGCAGGAGAGCACUGAAAAUGGCCUCAAUUCUGCAGAAGUUGAUCACUCCUAUGUUCAGCGGGCCCAAGGAGCCCCCCAGGAAUAAAGUGACAGUCGUGGGUGUGGGCCAGGUCGGCAUGGCCUGUGCGAUCAGCAUCCUGCUCAGGGAAUUGGUUGAUGAGUUGGCCCUGGUGGAUGUGAUGGAGGACAAGCUUAAAGGAGAAAUGAUGGACCUGCAGCACGGCAGCCUCUUCCUCAAAACUCCCAAGAUAGUCGCAGACAAAGACUACUCUGUUACAGCCAACUCCCGCAUCGUGGUGGUGACAGCUGGAGUCCGUCAACAGGAAGGGGAGAGCCGGCUGAACCUGGUACAGAGAAACGUCAACAUCUUCAAGCACAUCGUCCCCCAGAUCGUCAAGUACAGUCCCAACUGCAUCAUCAUUGUGGUUUCCAACCCAGUUGAUGUGCUGACUUAUGUGACCUGGAAACUGAGCGGCCUUCCCAUGCACCGUGUCAUCGGCAGCGGCACCAACCUGGACUCCGCCCGCUUCCGCUUCCUGAUCGCUGACAAACUGGGCAUCCAUCCCAGCAGCUUCAAUGGCUGGAUCCUGGGAGAACAUGGAGACACCAGUGUGCCUGUGUGGAGUGGUACUAAUGUAGCUGGAGUCAACCUGCAGACAUUAAACCCAGACAUCGGCACUGAUGACGACAGUGAAAACUGGAAGGAAACGCAUAAGAUGGUGGUGGAGAGUGCCUACGAGGUGAUCAAACUGAAGGGCUACACUAACUGGGCCAUUGGACUCAGUGUAGCCGACCUGACAGAGAGCCUCAUCAAGAACAUGAACAGAAUUCAUCCUGUCUCCACCAUGGUAAAGGGCAUGUACGGGAUCGGUGAGGAGGUGUACCUGAGUCUGCCCUGCGUGCUGAACAAUGGGGGUGUGGCCAGCGUGGUCAACAUGACCCUGACAGAGUCCGAGGUGGCCCAGCUGCAGGGCAGUGCCAGCACACUGUGGGACAUCCAGAGGGACCUGAAGGACGUCUAACUUAACAGCAGGGGGCGACAUGGCUGCCACUUCCUGCAGCCCAUCACCUAUUACUCUGCAGUCACCAAAUACCAGACAGCUACCACUUCACACACUUUAACACACCUUCACACUGCUGUAGAUUCACAGGCGCACUGGAUAUUUAGCUAGGAGUCACACGGCUGCUUGCUGGAGAGGAGACAAAAUGUGAAGUCAUCAGAGUGAAAUCAAACAAUUCACUCCUCUGUCCUUGACUGUGUGGCAGUACAGGACGACGUGUCACUCAUGUUGCUUUGAUGUGUAAUAAAGCAAGUUUGUUGGUGCUUGAAUGGGGAUUGCAUGUGUUUAUUUAUCCAGCAUUAUUUAAUGAAUGAAACGAUUUGUUAAGUUAAGCUAGAGUGACUGGCUUUUGUGUUUUUAACCACACAGACAGCUUAUAAACAUAUUGUAAACUUACCAGAGAAAUUGUGCUAUAUAUGUUUCAUAUAGUCAUAUAUGAACCAAAUUAACCAAAGUAUACCCCCUCUAGAUAUGGUGAUGUAUAUGUGCAUUUAUGAAAACAACAUAUCUAUGGUCAUACAUGUGCACUCAUAUUUGCUCAACAUACAUAUAUGACUGAUGGCUUGUGACUUCCAUGUAUUUGUAACUUAUGUUACACAAAUAUAUCCAUAUGUGAGAAUGUGACAUAUUCUAACACAUUUCAUUUAUGUUUGUUUGAUUUGUAUUUUAUUUAUUUAUUUAUUUAUUUAUUUAUUUGACAAAUAGUGCUACCCAUGCUUGGGCAUUAUAUUGGGUUACAUGUGAACAGGAUUGUAGUCGUGGCUAAUUUGCUGACCUCGUUCCUGGUUAGGCUUUUGAGAAAUAAAACUCAUAAUACAGCACUUAAA